AUUUUCCAGCAUCUGCAGUUCCUUGUGGCCGAGUUAGGGUUAAACAGUCCAGUGUGGGUAAACAUUGCAAGUUCCUUGACACUAGAGCGAGGGGAGCUAAGAUAUGAUGGGUGGGACGUUUGAGUCAUGGAUACGUUUGCGAGCCCAGUGUGUACGCGACUUCUCCUCGUGAUAUUAUGGCUUCCUCAACUUUUUCAAGUUUGAACUUUCUCUUUCGAAAGUGGUGCGUGGAACAAAUCAAAGAUCUAUCAGCAGAGGGUGCUGGCUGGAGGUCGCCGCGUCGCCACUGCUGGCUCCUUCCCUGGGACAAAGCUGGGCAGUGUCUGUCUCGCAUUGAAGAGGGUGAAAACUCGCUUUAACUUGGACUUUAACAGCCUGGGCUUCACGAGUUGGCGAUCUCCACAAUCAUGAUCGCUACCACAAAGAGGAAGUAAAACGGACGGAUGAGCCCUCUAUUCUGCAUCCUCGCUUUACCUCUCACUGCUCUAUCGCUUAUGCGGGUCGCUCCAUUCACCCAGAGAAGGCAAGUGAAGCGGGUUUAUUUCAACUACAACUUACACCUUAAUUUGGACUGCCAUAUUUUCACCUUCAUAAAUACUGAGACUGGGAUUUCUCUGCUCUUACUAUGCCUCGCUGUGUGCCUUCCAAUAGCAGAUGGUGGAGACUCGAUUAAAACAAGAAAAACAAGGAGAACAGAAUCAAUAAUGUCAGAAAUCCUAGUCCAUACACAACGUAUUCAAAGACGAGUGAACAAGACAAACUCAUCUUGUCGGGAAAUGUUGUUAUACACUCCUGACGAUGUAUCGGAAGAAUGUUUUAACACAUCGUUGAAUUGCUUCGUCUCAGAGAUGGAAGUUAUAGACUAUGAAUUCAAACUCAUCUGUGAAAUAAUUCGUGAAUUUGGUCCGUUAUUAGACAAUGCUAAAUCUUUUGAAAAUCAUAAAAGCAAGAACAGCUGCACAACAUGCGAGGAAUUUCAAGAACACAACGUCAAAGAAUUUUUAGACGCCUUUGUAAAUUUUCUACAAAGUUAUUUUAAAACAAAACCAAAAAGUUAAUUGUAAAUUUUACCUGUAAAUAAAUGUAAAUAUGUAUAAACAUUGAAUUUUAUAUUUUUAAUGCCAACCCUCUCACUAAAUACGCUACAGAAUUUAACGUGACAAUACAUAUUUUUAUAAGAAUUGCUUAAACAAUUUUGUUUUCAUUUAUAUAAUUCUCAGUUUCAUAAACAAUGAAGUAUAAUUUGUUCAAUACAAAGAAACCUUGUGUUAGCUCCCGCAUACAGGGCAAUAAACAUUUUACUGAGCAUGCCAAGCUAUAUUGGUUUCCGAAUGAAGAUUGAUGUGAAAUGAAUUGUAUACAAAAACAGGGAUCUAAUGCUGAGUACAUGGUGAUGAGAAGGCUGCAUUUGGAAUAUUGGGAGCAAUUCUGGGCACCACAUCUGAGGAAGGAUGUGCUGGCUCUGGAAAGGGUACAGAGGAGGUUUACAAGAAGGUUAACCUAUGAUGAGCAUUUGUCAGCACUGGGCCUGUACUUGCUGGAGUAUAGAAUAAGGAGGGGGAACCUCAAUGGAACAUACACAAAAGUGAACGGCUUGGGGAUAAAGUAGAUGUGGAGAGGAUGUUUCCACUAGUGGGAGAGUCUAGGACUGGAGGUCAUGGCCUCAUAAUUAAAACACAUUAUUUUAGGAAGGCGAUGAGGCGGUGAAUCUGUGGAUUUCUUUGUCACAGAAGGCUGUAGAGGCCAAGUCAGUGGAUAUUAAGGUAGAGAUAGAUAGAUUCUUGAUUAGUACAGGUGUCGGAGGUUAUGGGGAGAAGGCAAGAGAAUGGGGUUAGAAGGGAGAGAUAGAUCACCCAUUGUACACUGUAUACACUGUAAUUUACUACAAUUGAUAAGUUAUUUCAAGUUUAAGUAGAGGCUACAGAAAAAAAUCUCAUAGUCACUAAGUCUGCAUGGACAUCAAUUCAUAAAAUUUCAACCUCUUCUUAAUGUUAAUACAUUUUGUUAAUUGAUAAUAAGUAAUAAAUUAAUUAAUAAUUGUUAAUGAACAAUGUUAAUUAAUCUUAAUAAAAUUCCACCUCCAGUUUAAAUUCCAUUUUGAAUAUUUUGGAGGACCAAGAAACAAGAAGAAACCAUGAUUGAAGACUUGAUGGGUCGAAUGGCCUAAUUUGACUCCUAUUCCUUAAGGCCUUAUGAUCUGGGUGGUGAUGAGUUAAAAUAUAGUUAAGGGCCUGUCCCACUGACGCGACUUUACUGCAACUGUCUUCAACCUUCAAGCUC